CAGGACCCGGGAUCGGGAACAGGACCCGGGAUCGGGAACAGGACCCAGGAUCGGGAUAAGGACCGCGGGAUUGGGAACAGAACCCGGGAUCGGGACCGGGACCGGGGCGAAGCCGGCGGAGCGCUGGGAGCGGAGCGCGCUCGGGAUCGGGAUCAGGAUCGGGAUCGGGAUCGGUAUCGCGAUCAGGAGGAUCGGGAGGAGGAUCAGGAGGAUCAGGAGCAGGGCAGCCCGUCCCAGGGCCCGCUCCCGGCUCUGCCUGCCGCUCCUGCUGCUGCUCCUCGCCCCCGCUCCAUCCCGCCCGCAGCAGCGCUGGGAACGCGCGGCUGCUCCGAGGGAAAUGUUUGAUUCUCGCGCAGAGGGAAUAAAGAUCUGAAGAAUUCCCAAAUCAUGGCUUCUGAUGCCAGUCACAUGCUGGAAGCAGCUUUGGAGCAAAUGGAUGACAUCAUUGCAGGCACAAAGUCAGCUGCAGAGUAUGCUAAUGGUGGUUAUGAUAUCGUGUCACCAGCUCCAUCAGUGUACCUGGGCACAUUCCAGAUUUUGCACCUCCUGGAAGAUCUGAAGAUGGCCCUGGAGAUGCUGGAGGACCCCCAGGAGAAAGAAGCACUGAGGAACCAAAUCCCAGGGGCCACAGCAGUGUGUCUGAGGGAGUGGUUUGAGGAGAACCUGUCACAGGUGAACCAUCAUUCACCCAAUAAUGAAACUUAUCAAGAAAGGUUGGCACGAUUAGAAGGUGAUAAAGAGUCUCUCAUCCUGCAGGUGAGUGUUCUCACAGACCAGGUGGAAGCUCAAGGAGAGAAAAUCCGGGACUUAGAAAUCUGUCUUGAGGGCCACCAGUUGAAGCUGAAUGCUACAGAAGAAAUGCUCCAACAGGAGCUGCUCAGUCGCACAUCACUCGAGACCCAGAAGUUGGAUCUGAUGGCUGAAGUUUCAGACCUGAAGAUUAAACUGGUUGGCAUGGAAAAGGAGCAGAGUGAAUAUGAGGAGAAGCAGAACAAAGCUGAGGGUUUGCUACAGGAACUCAGGCACCUCAAAAUUAAAGUGGAAGAACUGGAAAACGAAAGAAACCAGUAUGAGUGGAAAUUGAAAGCAACCAAAGCUGAGAUAGCCCAGCUGCAGGAGCAACUGGCCCUCAAGGAUGCAGAGAUAGAACGUUUGCAAAGCCAGCUCUCCAGAACCUCCUCCUACACUGAAGUGGCAGAGAGAGAGGAAGUUUUUAGGAGAAGGCUAAAAGAAAAACACCAAGAAGUCCAGCGGUUGAAGAUAGGAAUGGAGACAUUAUUGGCUGCAAAUGAGGAAAAGGACCGUAGGAUAGAGGAGCUGACAUUACUGCUGAGCCAGUACAGGAGGGUCAAGGACAUCAUGAUGGCAGCUCAUGGCUCUUCUGUCUCUGGUGGCAGUGAUGAGGAACUUGAGGCAACUUUAAGGAAGUGGAAUAUUUUCAAUAACUCCCAAGGAGAAUUACUGAAAACAGAGGUCUCUGCAGGAGAAUUGUCACCAGCUGUGCUCCCUCCAGUGCCACACAAAACCUUGGAAAUCAGUGGAAGCAUUCCAGUACCUUCAAAUAAUUUAACCACUCAGCAAGAAGAAUCUUUGGACAUCACAAACAGGGUCCCACAGAAAAAAAAGUCAAGCAGUUUAGAAGACUUGCAGAGUGAAUCCUUGGAAAAGUAUGUAGAUGGAAAACCAGCACAGCCUGUUGUAGAACAAGAGCAGCAGAGUAAGGCAGUGGGGAAAGGCAGCAAGUACCAGACUCUGCCAGGAAAGCUGCCCCGAGCCCUGCAGAACGGAGAGCAGGGGAUGCACAGCUCAUCUGGGGGAGGUGCCACGGGGGACAACGAUGACAGCAGCACCCCAGGCCUCAGAGAAACAGAGAGCAUGGAUGGUACAGUGGUCUCUGAUGACCUUUCACCUCUCUCUUCGGGCACGGAUUCAGGUCCUCAAUCUCCAUGGUCUCCAGAAAACAGAAAAAGCCCAAAAGGGAUCAAGAAAAUCUGGGGGAAAAUUCGGAGGACUCAGUCAGGUAACUUCCCUGCAGACGACCUGGGGCUGGCGGAGUUCCGCAGGGGAGGGCUGCGGGCCACGGCUGGACCUCGCCUGUCCCGAUCCAAGGACACCAAGGGCCAGAAGAGUGACCACAAUGCCCCAUUUGCUCAGUGGAGCACGGAGAGGGUUUGUAACUGGCUGGAGGACUUUGGCCUGGGCCAGUACGUGAUUUUUGCCCGGCAGUGGGUGACAUCAGGCCACACGCUGUUAACUGCCACACCCCAGGACAUGGAAAAGGAAAUGGGAAUAAAGCACCCACUGCACAGGAAGAAAUUGGUUUUGGCCAUCAAAGCUAUAAAUGCAAAACAAGAUGAGAAGUCUGCACAACUGGAUCAUAUCUGGGUGACACGGUGGCUUGAUGACAUUGGCUUACCUCAGUACAAAGACCAGUUUCAUGAAUCCAGAGUAGAUGGGAGGAUGUUGCAGUACUUAACUGUGAAUGACCUCCUCUUCCUCAAAGUCACCAGUCAGCUGCAUCACCUGAGUAUUAAAUGUGCCAUUCAUGUGCUGCAUGUCAACAGCUUCAAUCCCCACUGUCUACGCAGGAGGCCAGUUGAGGAGAACAACGUCUCUGCUUCCGACGUGGUGCAGUGGUCCAACCACAGGGUGAUGGAAUGGCUCAGAUCCGUGGAUCUGGCAGAAUAUGCACCCAACCUUCGAGGCAGCGGAGUGCAUGGUGGCCUGAUUAUUCUGGAACCUCGUUUCAACGGUGACACGCUGGCCAUGCUCCUGAAUAUCCCACCCCAAAAGACCCUCCUGCGCCGCCACCUCACCACCAAUUUCAACGUGUUAAUUGGGCCAGAGGCACAACAAGAAAAAAGAGAAAUCAUGGAGUCAGCAGCAUACACACCUCUGACCACCACUGCCAAAGUUCGGCCAAAGAAACUUGGAUUUUCACAUUUUGGAAACUUAAGGAAAAAGAAGUUUGACGAAUCAACAGACUACAUUUGCCCUAUGGAUACAAGCCCAGCUGCUACAAAUGGUACCUCGAAAAACUAUGGUGGCUACAAAGGACUCAGUCCUUUCAGUGACAGGGAACUGGAUCAGAUGGAGCACUCAGAAGGCACAGUAAUGCAAAUAGGGGCUCUUUCCCAAGGCAUAACCCAGCUCACGACACUGCUGAGCCAGGAUGAAAUGCUCAACGACAGCAGGUUUUUAACACCCACCUUUGAAGACUGGAGAUGAUGCUCCAGCAUGACCAAGAACACCACUUGUACCUCAUGCCUGCAGGAGCAGCCAGGAGCAGCUGGGGGCCUGGAGCAGGAAAGUUUUACCUCUUCUCUGCCUCUGCCACCUCCCACGUAGCAAUUCCUGUUGUCAUUGUAGCCACACAUUACAGGUAACUCCUCUGUGCUGUUUUCCCACAUCAUGCAGUAGGAAACAGGUGCUGGGAGAGGAGUGGGACUCAUGUCCAGAGUCUGGCAAUGUUUUGUCCUUUUAUUCAGUUGCCUGUUACAUGCUAUGUUGAUGUACUGUUACAUGGAAGACCUUUUGUAAUUUUUUAUUUUUAUAGUUACCUUGCAGUGCAGGAAUCAUUAACAUAUAAUUGUACCACGGGGGCUAACCAGAGCUACCUGGAAUUCAGCUGGGUGCUGGUGAGAGCAGCAGCAAUGGCUCACUCACCACUCCUGUGGAGGAUUUUCAUCUCUCCUCCCUUCCACUGGCACCUGUCCUGCCCUCUUUUUAUCCAAGUCAGAGCACUGUAGGAUUGGAAGAAUGGAACAGAAUACUGUCCAUCAAAUCCUUGCUUUUAUUAGAAUGACAAGCUGCCAUGUUCACAAAUCUUUACCUAAGGCAAAAACAACUGCAGCAGGAAAUUGGAGCUCUGAGACUACCAGGAAAGUACCAGAAUAAAACAAAGAUUUAUUUUCUUUGAAACACCUGACAAAAUAAAUCUGCUGCUGUUGUACUGGGCUAGACAGGACUGCAUCAGAGGGAAAUAUGGCCUCUCACUUUCUGAGGGGCUGAGGGUGAAGCUGUCACCUUUACAGCAGCAAUUACUUGUAGCAUCUGUUUACAUGUACAUCUCCUGUGUUAAUGAGAUAUUAACAAGCUCUCUUGGUAAACAGAGAAAUGCCAGAAAAAACUCUCCUUAACUGUAAGGAAAAGUAGUUUGUACAGAGCUGUUUGCAUUACUCUCUCCUUGCUGGCUGCAGGUGCUGCUUUAGAUUCUGAGGGCAGGUCACAACCCUCCCAAACCAAGAGGGAAGCUCCAGGGCUGGCCACAGGAUGCAGCAAGGGCUCUUUGAGAACUACCUGGGGUGAUUUUUACAGGUGAUCCAUCCUGGUCCUCACUUUACCAUUCUCUCAUGACAGACCCUACACUGUAUGGUCAGGUGUAAGAAGAUAAACACAUGAUUUCAUUUUUCACAGUGGUUAAAUCAAGGCAAAUUCUUUUCAAUCACUGCAAACUGCAAAAAAAGGGGAAUUCAGAAGAAUGAGAAAUAAGUCUAGGCAUCAGUAAACUAGUGCUGUUUAAUGUUUAAUAAAAGGUAUUAAAUGUACCUGUCUGGCAAUGCAGUCAGUACCACAGGCAUUUGAAAUCCUUUGUCAGGUCAAUCAGCCAUCAGACUCAUUACAGCACUGCAAAUGGGACUGGCUGCUCCAGCAGCCCUGGGAUAUUCCAAACACACUAUUUCCUAUUUCCUUCAAUGCUGUAUUUACAACUCAGUGUGUCACUGUGCUAACCUGGCUGUGAAUAGUCAAUCCACAAAACAACUGGUUCUUCUUUUAAAUAUACGUAGGAAGAAAUAUUGAUUAGCACAACACUGGUAUAAAUUUUUUGACUGUUAUGAAUAAAUUCUGAAUGUUUCCCUCUC